GUUCCUUUUAGUAUAUUGAAUUGAAUGGAGAGCGACGGCUGAUUUGAGAUAUUUAUUUCCAACUGCCCUUUAUGUAUGAAUAAUGUAAAUAAAGUGCAUAUGCAUUGUGCAUAGUGGUUCCCAGAUCAUGUGCCAUCCUGAAAUAACUAUGCCUGCAUGGAAGGAUGUGCACCAAAUAAAUAAAUAAUGUAACAGCUAACAACCGUAACAGCUGACUGACAAGGUUCUUUUGAAGACUGUGUAUUCAAAACUUCUUCAAUAUGGACAUGUCUGGUGGCCAUAAGCUGAUAUGCAUGAUUUGCAAUGCAUCCAGCGGCAGCCACUAUUUCGGCAUAGGGCAGAACCUGCUGCCUGGGGGGAAGUCUGUCAGUGACCGGCUGAACCGCGUGCUGUCGGUGGACCUGGACCAGUGGAGCUCCCCAAGUGACGUGAUAUGCACAGAAUGUUUCCACCUGUUGGGCCGCAUUGAGUACCUGGAGGUCCUUUUACAGGAUACAACUAGUGACGUUAUUAACAAGUUUUUGAUAACUUGCGGCCAGUUCGGCCUGCAGUACCGGCUAAAGAAGUCUCGCACAUACAACACGGAUGUCUCGGCGGAGAACCUGACGGUGGCCGCCGAGAACCUCACGCCGGUGGCUGAGAACCUGACGACUGUGGCCGAGAACCUGACGACGGCGGCGGCCAGCUCGUCCGUGGGCGCGGCGCCCAUCUGCCAGUGGUACUCGAGUCCGGCGCUGCUCCAGUCGAGCGCCAGCGGAACGCUGCCCACCACCACCUCCAGCGCCACCCAGCUGGGCCUGCUGCUCUCCGACACGGUGUACCUGCCGGAGGCGCACCGGACCGGCACCACCUCACUGCUGGCCACACUGCCGGCCGAGGCGUUCUGCCUCGACUACAGCGCCAACCCGCCGGGGCCCAUCAACAUGACGGCCGAGAUGCUGUCUUCGGCCGAGAGCGGCGCGCCGCCGGCCGACACGCCGCCCUGCUCGGCGGCCGGGGAGCGCGGCGGCCAGUACCCGGCGCCGGCCGGCGGCCCGGCGUACGGCCGCGCCGGCCAGUUCACCACCCUGCAGCCGAUGGCGGCCGCCGCGCCGGCCGUGGUGUUCUCACAGCAGACGGCCGCCGACUGCUGCGAGACGGCCACCUCCGGCACCCAGACCGCGCCGCAACACCAGCAGCAGAUGCAGCAGCAACAGGGACAGCAGCAUCAGCAGCAACAACAAACACAGCCACAGCAACAUCAACAACAGCAGCACCAACAUCAACAACAGCAGCACCAACAUCAACAGCAGCAUCAGCAGCAGCAACAUCAACAACAACAGCAACAGCAACAACAGCAACAACAGAGGCAUCAGCAGCAACAACAACAUCAGCAACAGCAGCAACAUCAACAGCAGCAGCAGCAGCAGCAGCAGCAGCAGCGCCAUCAAGAGGUGCAGCAGCAAGAACAGCGGUUACACGCUGGCUUGGCGCAGCGAUCCGAGCUCUACUCUCAUCAGCCGCAGCCAGUCCAGUCGACCGGCAUCCAGACUCACCAGUACUCGCAUCAGCCACAGAUACAACGGACGCAGGCUCAGCACCAGCAUCAGCAGCACAAGCAGCUGCCUCAUCAGUCGGAGCAGUCGCAACAGCAACAACAACAACAACAACAACAACAGCAAUCUCAGCAUCAGCACCAGCAACAGCAGCAAACAACUCAACAUUCCCAGCAACAACAGUUGUCUCAGCAGCAGCAGCAACAGCCACAACAGCAAUCUCAGCAACAUCAGCAGCAGUCUCAGCAGCAGCAACAGCCACAACAGCAAUCACAGCAACAUCAGCAGCCGUCUCAGCAGAUACCUCAGCAACACCAGCAGUCCCAGGCGCCGCCCGCGUGUCCGCGCGGCGCCAGCUGCCCCCACCAGUGUGUGCUGUGCCCCGACUGGCCGGGGCUGGCGGCCGACCAGCGGCUGCGGCUCGGCGUAGUACUGGCCGGCGGCGCGCUGGCCUGCUUCUACUGCUGCCAGCGGGCGGACGGCUGGGACGCGCUGGCCGGCCACGUGCGCCGCCAGCACCGGCCGGCACUGCGGCUGGACACGGCGCUGGUGGCCGGCCGGCAGACCCAGUACAAAAUGGGACUCCAGCUGGACGCCGUCGAGCCCACAGAGUGGAACGGUCUGACGGCGGCCGGCGCCCAGCCCUUCGUCUGCGUCCACUGCGACGGCCUCUACAAGACAGAGCGCUCCCUCAAGAACCACUUCCGCGAGCACCACACGCCCAACCUGACGUUUCGGUGUGCCGACUGCGGCGAGCUGUGUCGGCGCUACAUCGACCUCUCGCGCCACCGGCUCUACCGUUGCCAGUUCAGGAAGCAGCCCACACGGCCGCCGGCCAAACGGACGGCCCGGGGACGGCGCGCCGGCCGCGGCGGGCGCUCGGCAGCCGCCCACCGGUCGGCGGAGGGGGCCGCGGGUGGCGGGGGGCCGGCGGAGGGUGUCACUGGGGGUGGAAGAGGUAUAGAGGAAGGACCCAGUGAGGACGGCAGGGGAUCGGCAGCCGUCUCCGACUCCGGUGCGCCGGCGCCGGACUCGCAGACGGCCGCCGAGCCGGUGCCGCUGCCCGAGCCUGUCGAGUACGACGUGCUCGACAGCGGCGACCAGUGUCUGCCCAUAGACCUGGCCAGCACCAGCUGUGAUAGCCUCUACGGCAUCGACUACACGGCCGACAAAAAGAAAUACAACUUCGAGCUAGUGCCAAUGUGAUCCUUAUUUGUUUUAUAGCCAGUGUAUUUUGUAUUUAUUAUUGUGCGGAAAUAUAUGUGUUUUGUUGUACCUUA